CGUUUCCUUUUUUUUUUUUUUUUUUUUAAAGUACUAUUUAUUUGGAAGCCGUAACAGGAAUACGAGGCGGUCCGUCCCGGUUGGACUGCUCCUGGAGCUCGCUUUCUCCUCGGGAAGCUUCGGACUUGCUUCAAGAUGCAGGGACUUUCAGCAACUCCCGACCUCCCUGCCGCCCCCCUGCAGUACCAGUAUGGGUCAGCGGAUUACCUGUGUUCUCCGCAGCUGCUAAAAAAAGGAUCAUGUCACGAGAAGCCCGCCAUCAAACCGCGGCCCCAGCCGUCCACAUCCCCGAGACCGCCAGCUCCACAGAAACCCCAAGUGCCCCCUAAACCGGCGCACCUGCUCGCUCUCGGGCAAGACAAGAAACCCAAGAGGAUCCCGCCGGCGCCCUGCAGGCCUCUCCCGGCACCCCCGCCUCCGCCGAAACCCAAACCCAGUGCUGUGCCCCCUGCAGUGGGAGCGCAGCCGCAGAGGGAAAUUCAGAAGGUGGGGCUGCUAAUCGAGAGGUUUGAAAAUUCAAGGGUGCCCAUCUUGGGGGCACUCCCCCGCUCCCAGCUGCACCUGUGUCUUAGAAUGGACACGGCAUGUGACGUCACUUCCUCCUGUGACCAGGACACCGCGGCAAAGACAGCCGGAGAGUCCUCCGCUCCGGAGGAACCUUGCAAUCUCGCGACCUUCCCCUCCGCGGGAACCGAUGACGUGCCCGAACUGUCCUGCCUCUCGUCCAUGCAAAUGGACGGCUCGGAUGACACCGCGUUGGACGUGGAGGUGGACAUAACGCACGGUGACGGUUGCCUUGAUGACGGGGAGCGCGACGAGGGCUCCUCGCACGGGUUUGCGGACAAUCCGGACUCCUCGGAGCAGAUAAAGAUCCCUAAUCGGGACAGCGGCAUCGACAGUCCGUCCUGUGCCGCGGAAGGGGAAGCGUUCCCCAACGAGGACGCCAUUGAUGAGGAGGAUCAUUACGACAGCGUCACGGAAACGGAGAGCGUUUCUUGUUGUGUUGCUCUAAGCAACAAGCGGGAUUCAACUCAGGAUGAGGACAGCGACUUGGACGAGGGCAGCGGUGGAGAGAUCAACUCUCUAACAGACACGCCAAGCGGGUAUCUGACCGAUGCACACACAGAGGCACAAAAAUGCUCAGAGGCGCAGAGGUUGCUGAACAUCGCCAAAGAACUCCUCCACACUGAAGAGGCCUACGUCAAGAGGCUCGACCUCCUCGACCAGGUAUUUUGCACUAAGCUCACCGAGGCCGGAAUCCCUCAGGACGUCAUCACAGGGAUCUUCUCGAACAUCUCCUCCAUCUACUGCUUCCACGACAAGUUCCUGCUCCCGGAGCUCAAGACCCGCAUCACCGGAGAAUGGAACUCCAACCCUCGUAUUGGGGACAUCCUCCAGAAACUGGCGCCUUUCAUGAAGAUGUACGGCGAGUAUGUGAAAAACUUCGACCGAGCCAUGGACUUGGUCAACACCUGGACGCAACGCUCCUCACAGUUCAAGGGAGUUGUGCAAAACAUACAGAAACAGGACGUGUGCGGCAACCUGACGUUGCAGCACCACAUGCUUGAGCCGGUCCAGAGGAUUCCCCGCUACGAGCUCUUGCUUAAAGACUACCUGAAGAAGCUGCCCAAUGAUGCGUUGGACCGAAAGGAUGCGGAAAAGGCGUUGGAGUUAAUCUCGACGGCAGCUAAUCACUCCAAUGCAGCAAUCAAGAAAAUGGAGAAGAUGCACAAACUGCUCGAGGUUUAUGAGCGGUUGGGAGGGGAGGAAGACAUUGUGAACCCGGCCAAUGAGCUUAUCAAGGAAGGGCACAUCAAGAAGAUGUCAGCCAAAAAUGGAACCGCACAAGACCGAUACCUCUAUUUGUUUAACAACAUGGUGCUCUACUGUGUGCCUAAACUCAGACUAAUGGGCCAGAAAUUCAGCGUCAGGGAGAGAAUUGACAUUGCUGGCAUGGAGGUGCAGGAGAACGUGAAGCAGAACCUUCCUCACACGUUUGCCAUUAUUGGCAAACAACGUUCACUAGAACUUCAAGCCAGGACAGCCGAGGAGAAAGAAGAUUGGAUUCAGGUCAUCCAGGCCACUAUCGAUCGGCACAAGCAAAACAGUGAGACUUUCAACAAAGCCUUCAACAGCUCCCUCUCGCGGGAGGAUGACCACGGCCCCGAAUCGCCGGGUCCUUGGUCCAACACCUCCAUCGACUCAGAUAGCGAAAGACUGCACGAAAGGAAGAGUUCACGGAAAAAAGACAAAGAGAAGCAGACAUGUAAAGGAUGCAACGAGAGUUUCAAUUUCACCAAGCGCAAACACCACUGCAAGUCCUGUGGAGGGGCCAUAUGCGCAAAGUGUUCGAAAACCUUGGACAACAAAACAAGUCGAGUGUGCCCCGAGUGUUUUGAGGCCAGCCUGAGUCUGGAGAAUCUCGGUGGUGCUGAACAGAAGAGGAAAGCAGCACCUGAGAGACAAGCAUCAUUGACAGGGGAGAACUGCCUCUUGUGUGGCCACCUCCAAGUGCAGGAGAAAGGAAAGAGUUGGACCAAGAUGUGGGUGGCGGUCACCAAGGCUGAACCACUGGUGCUGUACUUGCAAAGUAGUGGGCAGGACCUGAAGGGGGCACGAGCCGUUCCGCUACCUGGGUUCGAGGUGACUGCCCUGUUGCCGUCCGCGAGCGAGAGGCCGGAGGUCAAACACGCGAUCCGGCUCAGUCACAGUCAGCAAACUGUGCUCCUCAAUGUCCAAGAUUCGGAACUCCAGGCCAAGUGGGUGGACCUCCUCUUAAAAGCAGCUCGCGGGGAAACUGCCGCGGAUGCUUCAGCAAAUCUGAGCGAACACAGGAAGAGCCAGUAGUGGACACCACCCCCCUCCUCUCCUUCCCAUACCUCCCCCACCCCGUGCCCUGUGUAUAGAGCACACGUUACUUGAAUUCGCUUACCUUUGGCACUUUUUGUUUCUUGGUAGAGGACCACACAGUCCUCCCUGUACACCACUUCAGCCUCAUCCUCACUCACACCUCCUCUUCGCCACAAAGCCACAACAGCCUCCGAAUGCGACGUUGCGGAAGUUUGUUCCUCACCACAACCCAAGAGGAUCUUCUGAUGGACUCACGUUUUAUUUGUAUUAUAGCUCAAGAUUCCCACGUGGUUUUAAUGAAUAUUUUCCUUUGUACAUUAUCACAUUGUCCUUGUGUGUGUGGUUUUUUUUUUUUCCAUGAUGUGAAUGUGUGUGUGCGUGUGAGCCUUUGCUCCUUCCUGUGGAUAUGAAAUAUUUGAAUUUUGGUGAUAUGAAACUUCGCCGCUUCCCUGCUGUUGCUGGGGCGGAGUAGCAACGAGUUCGCCGGGUGUUUUUGUACAGUAUGUAUACUAUAUUGUGAUGUAAGGAAAAGAAACGAAAGUAAAAAUUUUAAGUCAAAAGACACUGAGGCGUGUACACGUGUGGCUGGCCACCUGAUGCUCCCACUGCCAGCUCCUGUUUUAACAGACUCGCUAUAUUUCUCUCCCCCAACGCAGUAUUUAAUUCCCGUUAUGUCUGUAGAAGUACAAUUCUCUCGCUCAUAAUUUCUGUCCUUAUAUUAUUUAGCCACAUCUUGAAGAGAGCCAUAAAUGAGCCUGAACACCCCCCCACCCCGAGUAUCUCCCGUCGUACACGUGCUAAAUAAUUCAUUUGUGUGUGCGUGUUUCUCUCUCAGCAUAGCGACACUUGACCUUCUCCUCACCCCUUUGGUGGUGUGAUGGAGAUUAAAGUACUGUACUGUUACUUUCUUAUGCCUUCCCCUCUGUACGCUGCUCCUUUAAAAAAAGUAGCAAAAAAAAAAAAUAAGAAAAUGUCGGAUCUCAUCUUGCAUGUUAAGUCACCCAUUAAGCAGUAAAAGCAUAUCAUCAAUAAACGGACAACGUGGUAAAUGAAGUGUAUCCUUCUGUCCGACAACCUGUGCACAUGUCACAAAUAUAUUUUGUCCAAAUUACAAACUCAGAAACGCUUGAUGAGAUCGAAUGGAUUUCUUAUUAAUAUGCAUGUGUCUUGGUGUACGCUGUCAUGUUUUUUUUUAAAUACACUCCAAUCACCUCU